AUGCUGCCCACGCCCUUCUCGGUCAGGGACAUCCUGGAGCUGCCCGAGGGGCCCCGCGCAGCCCCCGCGGGCCGGGCCGGCCCCGCCGGGCAGGAGCAGCCGCGGCCGCUCUCGGUUUUCCUCCCUCCUGUAGGAAAAUCCCCGCUCGCCCCGACCUCGGAGAAGCUCCGGGCCCCGCUCCAGGCGCCGGGGCAGCGGCAGCGGCGGCGGCCGCGCGUUCUCUUCUCGCCGGCGCAGGUGCUGGAGCUGGAGCGGCGCUUCCAGCGGCAGAAAUACCUGCCAGGACCCGAGCGGGAGCAGCUGGCGCGGCUCCUGCAGCUCAGCCCCGCGCAGGUGAAGAUCUGGUUCCAGAACCGGCGCUACAAGAGCAGGAGGCAGCGGCGGGAGCGGUGCCUGGCGCUGGCGCUGCCGCCGCGCACGGAGCCGGUGCCGGUGCCGGUGCCGGUGCCGGUGCCGGUGCCGGUGCCGGUGCCGGUGCCGGUGCCGGUGCCGGUGCCGGUGCCGGUGAGGGAUGGCAAACCCUGCCCGGGCCGCUCCGGGCGUUUCCCGGCCCCCUGCGGGAUCCCGGGCGCGUUUUCCUGCGGCUGCUGCGGCAGCGGCGCUUUGGGGGCGCGGUGCGGGCGGGGGUUCCCCGAGGUGUCCCCAAGUGCCACCACCGGCGGUGCCCGGCGACAGUCCCCGGCGGUGGCAGCGGGGAUGGGCGCGGGGAGCCGGGGCUGAGCGGGGAGAGCACCGGGAGAGCUCCGGAGCCGAGCCCCGAUCACGACAGGAGCCAAAUCCCGAGGGUUUCUGCCAGCCCGGCCAGCGGGACAACGCCGGCUCUUUCCUGGGAAGAGAGAGAGGAGGGGACGCUGCCACCGCAGCCC